AUGGAUUUCUCCAACUCGGGCGGGUUCCCUUCUCGCCGCUCCUACCCCAAUCUAAAUCACGUCUCGCUUGCUCCACUUACACCGCGGUUCCCCAUCGACGACGACCUCGAACCCGAAGACUACUUCAACAUCCACCACGGCACCACCGACCACGAUGGCCACGAUCACACAGCCAGCGGUACCAGAACAGCCCCACCACGGAGCUCCUAUCUCUCCAGCGUCUCCGUACCCAGCACACCGCCCAUCCUUUCGCACUCACGCAGCUCAUCGCGCACCCGCCACGCCCGAAGCAAAAGCUCCACCCGAGCCGGUCUUCUAAGUGAUACGAAUCUACACAGUAAAGAAGUCGCCCUGGCACUACACCACCACCAAGCCUCGCACAAGAAACAAGCUAGCUCCGCAUACGCACGGCGCCAAUUCAGCGAUGCAGCUCAUACAUCCUCCAAGUCUGAUGCGGAAUGGAUGCUUCGCGCCGGCAUAGCUCUUGCUUCAUCCACCCGCGAGGAAAAAGGUCAGAGCUGGCUCUCGAAGCGCGAGAGCUCCACAAGUCUCGUCGAUAUGUCGCUCGACGACGCCACGACUCCACACUCACAGCGCCACCACAACCACACCAAGUCGGGCGCGUCAUCGCGCAAGUCUCGCUCGGGAACGUCCACCCCGGGGGCGUAUUCCCGUCGCAGCUCGCGCUCGCGUGGUGGCAGUCGACGUGGUAGUCGGGCCGGGUUAACUAUGACGACUAUCCCGCCGCUUUCAUCUGCUUCGUUGACAGCCGAGGGAGGGAAAGUGCCUAGUCCCGGAGUCGGCACGACGAGUCCCGUAUCCCGGGGUCGGGGUUCGGGACUGGUACCUGAUUUCGUGGACGAGCGUAUUCGCGCGGAAAUGGCAUCUUUGCAGCGGGAACGAGGGCUCUCGGAUGAAGAGUCCGAGUUCUGGGAUGGUGAGGAAGAUGAUGAAUCGGAGUAUGAGUCGUUCUCAGAUGAUACCCCGGAUGAAUUCGAUGAGGCGGAUUUGCAGCGGCUCACGCGUGAACGUGGGUUUGGGCUUGGUAGCUGGAUUGAUCGGUUGGUUGAGUGGACGUUGUUCGGCGUGGAGGAGUGGCCGGCUCCUGCUCCUGCUCCUAAUGCGGGGACUGCCACGAGGAUUGGGACGGCUGCGACGUCGACGACUGUCACGUUUGAGGAGGGUCCACAUGUCCGAUCUGAAGAAGAGGAGCGGGCUCAUGAUACGUUGUCGCUGGCCGCUGCUGAAGAUGAUGAUGCGGAAACCCUUUCACAUACGGAUGGCGAGUCCUUGGGGAGCGUCGAGAAGCCUGGUACUCAAGGCGGGUGGGAGGAUGCGAGGUGGUUGUUCCAGGUCAUGAAGCGUGCUUUAAUUUGA